AUGGCCAUUGAGAAUAAAGGAUCAACAGAAAGGAUAAAUGAAAUGUACCGCUAUGUAUUGCGUCUUUAUGGUCGCCUUAUUAACGGCCAAAAGGCACUGGUAACUCUUAUAGACAUUCAGGUUUUCUUUGACAUUCUCGUACUAGACGAAGAGACUCCAGAUAAAUGCGAAGAAAAGUCAUAUUUACGAAUUUAUACGAAUGGUACUGGAGAGAGAAAGAAAGCCAUCCAAGAUAUACAAGAAAAUAAUUUUGAAACUGCUUCAGAUGAUUUAUACUCAUUUCACCAUAAGACGCAAUUACAAGAAUUGGGUGAAUUUGCUGAAGUCCUUGAUCUGAAUAAUAAUAGCAUAUCAUCUCAACAUACUCGAAUGGAUGUAAGAGCGAAUGACGGGAAAGUUCGAAACAAAGGAAGAAAUUCUAAAGCUCCUGAGAAAGGUGAAGAGGAUCUUGAGGAUAAAGAAUAUAUGAGCAGUCUAAUUAAGAUCAAAAUUAUGUGCCUUAAAAAACGUUUUUCUCAUUCUGAAGUUAAAAAGGAAGGCUCACUUAAAUUCUUCUUACAAAAAUUCGGUCUUGACAAUAAGGCCGAUAUGCCAUACGAUAAAAUUACAAGGGUUCCUGAAGACAUAGAAAAAGAGAAAUAUCCUGAUGCGUAUGUAUUUCCACCUAAAAAAGGUAUCAUGACAGAAAGACCUGUAACAGGUCUGAAUUUUGUAUCUUUAUAUCCUAGCAUUAUCAUGACCUACAACCUCUCCUCAGAAAAAAUCAUAUUGGAUCGAGAAAAGGCUGAUAAUGUCUGUAAAAAUAAAAAUGAGCUUUAUACAAUUGAGUUUAAAUUCAAUAAGUAUGACAUUCAAGCUUGGUGCGUACGUCAUGAAAAUCAAUUUGAGAGGAAAGAAUUAUAUCCGGCAGUAUUAGAGGAUUUAUCUAUUAAGAGGCUGGAGCUUAAAGAACGUCUGAGGCAAAGGAUUCCAGAAAGCUUAAAUUUAGAAUACUCAUCCAUAUGCUUCGAUUAUGAUUAUUGGAUUCGAAGCAAAGCUUUGAAGGUAUACAUGAACACUUUUUAUGGGAAAGCUGGAAACUCACUAUCUCCAAUCUUUCUUCGUGAAUUAGCCUGUGAAACUACUAUAGCGGGAAAAUAUAACCUUAAUCUUGUUGUCAAAUUCGUAUCAAAGAAAGGGUUUGGGAUAAAAUAUGGGGAUACUGAUUCUUUGUGUCUCACCUGCCCAGAUAGGUAUUACGAGAAAUGCAAUGAAGCCUUCUCUGGAAAAAACUUUCCAAAGAAGCGUACUGGACUAAAAUGGUUAAAAUUACUAUGGAUGUGA